AUGCUCGACUUUAUCCGGGACUGCAUCUUCGGAACUCUGGCAGAUGACCCACUCCCUCCCGCCGACGGUCGAUCUCCCGAGUCCAUCGCUUCCGAUAUCGUCACCAGAAUCCUGAACGCCGAUUCUGUCGAAUCACUCCGCAAACAGUUGAGAGAGGAAGUAUUCAUCGAUAGUUGGUCGGAGGCCAUCGCGAAAGCUAUACUGGAAGGCUUGAAGAACGCAAUCAAUGCUGGCACAGAAAUGGCAAAGGCAGCUGCUGACGCAGCGGCCAAGAGCAAGGAUGCUGCUGUCAAGUUUGCGACCGAUCAUCCUGAGUACGCUACCUUGAUUGCAUUGGGAAUCUUAGCCCUGUUGAUGCCAUGGGCUCUGGAAUUAAUCGGCUUUGGGGAGCUGGGUCCCAUUGAGGGCUCCUUUGCAGCUGCUUGGCAAAGGACAUUCGCUGGGUAUGUACCCAAGGGAAGGUUAUUUGGGUAUUUCCAGAGGCUGGGAAUGAAAUGGCACUGGAUUGUUUGA